AUGUCCACACCUAAGCAACGUUUUUUGGAGAGCUCCGUUUGGGCGGCGGCCUUGUUUUUGUUAAGUGGAUUGCAACCAGCUCCCGGAGUUGUGGGAUUCGGGAUUAAUUUGAUGAAGGUGCCCGCCGAAAAUAAAGGACUCGAAGCUUGCAUUCUCGCCCUACUUCGAAAGUACUUUGAGUCUGGCGAUGGGCUCUCUGGUUCGGUGCUUUGCUUUAAUCGAAAUUAUCAGCUACCAUAUCUGCAAGACCAAAUAUUAAGGGGCAUGAACUCGUAUGAGGGCUAUCCAUGGAGUCUUUUGAUUACUAAUUUCAGAGAGAGUUUCUCAUCCUCGGAAUUGCAGAUGCAGGAAAAGCCGCAGUGCUAUUUCUUAAUUGUGGAAAGUCUGGAGGAUGAAGACCUGGAUGAGGUGUAUGAGCAUUGGAAGAAUAUGGUGAACUGGAAUCCAUUGGCCCAGUUUGUAGUCUUCUUGGCCACCACGGAGGAAACGGAUGAGGAAAUGACUGAUGUGAUGGUUGAGGUGCUCCUCACAUUUAUGAACAAGAAGAUCUUCAAUGUGAAUAUCAUAGGCCAGAGCGAGGAAAAUGAAUUCUUUUAUGGAAAGUCAGUAUUUCCGUAUCAUCCGGAUAACAAUUGUGGUAACCGUGUAAUUUCUGUAGAACUACUUGAUGCCUGUGAUUAUGUUGGUGAUGAAAAUGAGGAGGAAGAUGAAGACGAUGGCGAUGGUGAGCAAGAUGGUGAGCAGGAGGAAGAUGGAAGUGAUGGUGAGCAGGAGGAGGAUGGCAGUCAGGAAAAUAUAGACAAAAAUGCUUCAGAAGAUACAGAAAACGAUCAACCAGAUAUACCAGAAAAUGGUAAUGAAAAUAAAGCUUUCAAUAAAACCGAAAUUUCCAGCGAGGAUCUGGGAAACCAAUCCGAGGAAAAAAGAGACAACUCAAAUGUUACAGAGCCAGAAGUCAUCAUAGAAGAGUUUUAUCGGGCCAAGUUUGAGGACAAAUUCCCACGCGAUCUCAGUGGAUGUCCUCUAACAGCUGCCUUCCGUCCCUGGGAGCCAUAUAUUUUUCGCACCGAAGUUGACGAAACAACAGACGAUUAUUAUUACGGCGUGGGCACUGGAGAAGAUUACAAUGAGACCUCAAGUUAUGGGGACUCGGAUGACGAAAGCUAUGUAGAUCCGGAAGCAGAUUAUGACAAUCCCGCAGAAGACACAGAGACGGAAAGUACUCCAAAAGUUAAGCUCAACGGGAUUGAAUAUGAAAUGGUACAGACCAUAGCCGAACGUUUACAUGUAAAUAUAGAAAUGCAAAAGGAAAACACCAAUUUGUAUCAUCUUUUUCAACGGUUAAUUGAUGGUGAAAUCGAAAUGAUCGUGGGAGGCAUCGACGAGGAUCCCAGUAUUAGCCAAUUUGUAUCCAGCUCAGUGUCUUAUCACCAAGAUGACCUUACUUGGUGUGUCGCCAAGGCAAAACGGCGAUAUGGAUUUUUUAACUUUGUGGAAACCUUCAAUGCUGAUGCUGGAUUUUUAAUGGGACUGUUUGUGGUUGUUUGCUCCAUUGUGGUUCUACUGGCGCAGCGGGUAUCCCGAUUCCGCUUGCGAAACCUCAAUGGAUAUUUCUCUAUUUGUUUGAGGAUAACGGGGAUUUUGCUGAAUCAGGCCAUUCCCAUGCAGGACUUUCCUCUGACUCUAAGGCAGCUGUUCGCCAUAUCCUUUCUAAUGGGAUUUUUCUUUAGCAAUACGUAUCAGAGUUUUCUUAUUAGCAGCUUGACCAACCCACGCAGCUCCUAUCAGAUUCACACCCUGGACGAAAUUCAUAGCCAUGGCAUGGUUAUUAUGGGCACUUCCGAAAACGUUCGCCACUUUAAUAAGGAAGGGGAGGUUUUCAAGUACAUUCGCGAGAAAUUCCAGAUGUGCUAUAACAUAGUGGACUGCUUGAAUGAUGCCGCUCAUAAUGAUCAUAUUGCGGUGGCCGUUUCCCGACAGCAUUCCUUUUACAAUCCCCGAAUCCAAAGAGACCGACUUUAUUGCUUCGAUCGGAGAGAAUCCUUGUACGUCUAUCAGGUGACCAUGUUGCUACCGAGAAAGUAUCAUCUUUUACACCAGAUUAACCCCGUAAUUCAACACAUUAUCGAAUCGGGUCAUAUGCAAAAGUGGGCCAGAGACUUGGACAUGCGGCGCAAGAUUCACGAGGAGAUCACACGCGUCAGGGAGGACCCUUUCAAGGCCCUGACCUUCGAUCAGUUCCGAGGAGCGUUUGCAUUUUCUUUUGGCCUACUAUUAAUGGCCAGCUGUGUGUUUUUCAUGGAGUGCCUUUAUGUGAAGUGCUUCAAUAGAGCUAAAAAGAGAAAGUUGCUUAAAAAGUUGACCAGUAAAACCAAAACAAGAAUAUAA